AUGGCACCAUCAAUCAAGCUCUCACUGGCGGACGCUCGCCCGUACUCUUUCAAGUUUUCCCCCGCAACGACAGCAUUCAUCAUCAUUGAUAUGCAAAGGGAUUUUCUGGACCCGAACGGGUUUGGUUCGAUUCAGUGUGGUAAUCCUGAGAUAUUUUCUUCUGUGCGCAAGAUUGUGAACAAUGUCCAGAAAGCACUGGAAGUCGCUCGCUCGAUGGGAAUGCACGUCAUCCAUACACGAGAAGGCCAUCGUCCAGACCUCUCAGAUCUCCCUGCAGCAAAGAAGCUGAGACAAAUCAGUGCUCCCAAUGGCCAUCAUACCAUGGGAAUCGGCGAUCAAGGACCUAUGGGUAGGCUUUUGGUGAGGGCUGAAUGGGGUCAUGAUAUUAUUGACGAGCUUAAGCCACAUCCUGGGGAGCCGAUCAUCGACAAGCCGGGAAAAGGGAGUUUCUGGGGCACAAAUCUGCACAGAACACUUUUGGCAAGAGGGAUUACGCAUUUGCUUUUUGCGGGUGUGACGACCGAGUGUUGUGUGACGACCACAUUGCGAGAAUGUAAUGAUCGAGGGUACGAGUGUUGCCUUCUGGCAGAUUGUACUGGGGGCUUCGAUCAGCAAAUGGUGACCACUUCCCUCGAUAUCAUCUGCGGCCAGGACGGUCUCUUCGGGUACAUCGGCCAUAGUUCAAGCCUGAUCGCCGAGGCAGAGCGGUUUGGGGAAAUGCAACCACAAAAGUCAGCAUCAAGUCUGAAAGAUGGUCUUCCGUCCAUAAAUGAUCUGCUGGGUCAGUACAAGAGUGGACUCAUUGACCCUGAAACAAUUGUCCACUUUGUGUUUGAUGAACAAGAAAUCUGGGACAAACUCGACGAUACAGUUUGGAUCUCCAAACGAUCUCGAGAAGACGUACUGGCAACAACCCGAGAGCUUUCUGCCAAGUAUGCUGGAAAGCCUCUGCCACCCCUGUUUGGCAUUCCAUUUGCUGUCAAGGACAGCAUCGAUGUGGCAGGAGUGGUAACGACGGUGGCGUGCGAGAGCUACGCCUACACCGCCGAAUCAACAGCGCCUUCAGUUCAACAUCUACUCGACGCGGGUGCCAUAUACAUCGGAAAAGUCAAUCUGGAUCAACUUGCCACCGGACUAUCAGGCUGCCGAUCGCCAUACGGUAUUCCUGUGUGUGCCUGGAGCAUAGAUCACAUCUCCGGUGGCUCCUCGUCGGGAUCGGCCGUUGCGGUGGCUGCUGGGCUUGUAUCCUUUGCCGUUGCAACCGAUACAGCAGGCAGUACUCGAGUUCCAGCGGCUUUGAAUGGUAUUGUGGGAUUCAAACCCACCAAAGGCACCAUCUCUGCCAAGGGCUUGGUGCCUGCAUGCAAGAGCCUCGACACAAUCACUAUUAUGGCGCCGACAAUACAGGAUGCGCGCGACGUUUGGUAUACCAUGGAUCAGCAUGAUCCCUCGGAUCCGUAUGCAAAGGUGCCAAGCAGUCUAUCGACAUGGAAAGUGGAUUUCCGGGGACCGAAGGAAGGAGGGUUCACCUUUGGUAUUCCUCCACUGUCUCUCCUGCAGACUUGUUCUGACGAGUAUCAGAAGCUUUUCGCCGCAGCUGUUGAGAGGUUGCAGUCUUGUGGUGGGAAGCUGAUCGAUGUCGAUUAUUCACCCUUUGCCAAAGCCGGUGAUCUGCUGUACGAUGGAAGUCUCGUUCACGAGCGCCUGGCAUCCAUGGGCCACGAGUUUUUUGUAAAGAACUUGGAAACCCUCCACCCCACGACCAAAUCCAUCUUUGAAUCUGCCCUGUCGUCCAAUGUCCAAGCGUGGCAAGUGUUUCAAGAUCAGGCCGCACAGAUUCAGUACACCAUGCAAGCACGAAAGAUCUUUGACACGUUAGAAGGUGGGAUCGAUGUCCUGGUCGUACCAAGUGUACCAUGCCACCCGACCAUCCAAGAGAUGCUGGACGAUCCGCUCGCUCUGAAUUCCAAGCUGGGUACAUUCACGCACGCAGGAAAUGUUGUCGAUCUGUGUGGCGUCAGUGUCCGAGCUGGAUGGGUGGACAAAGGCGAGGGAUUGAAGCUGCCUUUUGGGAUCACGUUCCUCGGAGGAAGUGGGUAUGACGGGAAGAUCCUUGACCUUGCAGCGGUCUUUGAGGAUUCUGUUAGAGAAGCCGGCUGUUGA